CGGCCGCACCUGAGCUCUGCGCCUGCGUCCCACCGGCCAGACCCUCCCUGCCCCUCGGUCCCGUCCCCUGCCCCCCCACAGCUGGGGGAGUGGGGCAUCGUCCCCUCCCCGCGAAGUGACUAUCGAGCGGCCGCCCCCGCCCUGCCCCGCAGACAGACCCGCCGCCGCGCCGGCGCCUCAGCCGUCCGCCCGGUCAGCGCGGCCUGGCCUCGCCGCCCCGGCCCCCGCUCCCGGCGUGCACCGCGGCGAGCGCUCGGGUGGGAGCCGGCGAGAUGCGUUCGGCGGGCGGCGCCCACUGACCUCCCUCGGCCGCCCGGCCGGGGCAGGGCCGAAGCCGGGAGCCAGCCCCGCCCGCCGCCCCGCCCAUGGGCCGCCAGCCCCCGCAGCCGCCCGCCGGGAGGACCGCGCCGAGGGGGGGAGCCGCCUGAAGGACCGCGACGGCCGCGCCCGCAGGUCACCCGGAUGUCAGCAUGGCAGCCACAAACCUGGAGAACCAGCUGCACAGCGCCCAGAAGAACCUCCUGUUCCUCCAGCGGGAGCAUGCCGGCACCCUCAAGGGGCUGCACGCCGAGAUCAGGCGGCUGCAGCAACACUGCACAGAUUUAACAUAUGAGCUGACACUCAAAAGUGCGGACCAGACAGGAGAUGGAUCUUCCCGAAGCGGCGAACUAAAGAGAAGAUGCGAGGAGCUGGAAGCCCAGCUGAAGCUCAAGGAGGACGAGAACAGCGAGCUGCUCCGGGAGCUGGAGCAGAAGGACGCCAUGAUCCUGGUGCUGGAGAGCACCGUCAGGGAGCGCGAGAGGAAGUACCUGGAGGAGCUGAAGCUGAAGAGCCACAAGCUGAACAUGCUGUCGAGCGAGCUCGAGCAGCGCGCCGGGACCAUCGCCUACCUGACCUCGCAGCUGCACGCCGCCAAGAGGAAGCUCAUGAGCUCCGGCGGGACCUCGGACGGCAGCCCGUCCGGGAGCCCCGUGCUGGCCAGCUACAAGCCGGCCCCCCCCAAGGACAAGCUGCCCGAAACGCCCCGCCGCCGGAUGAAAAAGAGCCUCUCGGCCCCCCUGCACCCGGAAUUCGAAGAGGUUUACAGAUUCGGGGCCGAGAGCCGGAAACUACUCUUGCGGGAGCCGGUGGACGCCAUGCCCGACCCCACCCCGUUCCUGCUGGCCCGGGAAUCGGCCGAGGUCCACCUCGUCAAGGAGAGGCCCCUGGUCAUCCCCCCCAUCGCCUCCGACCGCGGCUCGAGCGAGCCGCACAGCCCGGCCCGCGAGAAGCAGCACAAGGCUCACGUGGGGGUGGCCCACCGCAUCCACCACGCCGCCCCGCCGCAGGCCCCGCCCGAGGUGGAGACGCUGGCGGUCGACCAGGUGAACGGAGGAAAGGCCGCGAGGAAGCACUCAGGGACGGACAGAACUGUGUGAAGCCUGCCCGGGCGACCCUUCCCCCCUGGCUGUCGAUGCACUGUGAUCACUACUAGGAAAACUCAUCCACGCCUUUUUUUUUUUUUUUUCUCCAAUUCCCCUGCAUGCCAAAUUUUUUUUCAGACACGUCAACAUUCUUAUUCUGCUCCUUUUGCCCUGGUACUGACACCAGAAUACGAUCAUGUCCCUGCUGCAGAAUACCUAUUUACCGAUUGCCGUGGCCAAACACCUGUGUGCCGAAUCGCUCGCUUCUAAUCCCACUCCGUGUAACUUCAAUGCGCUCGUGGACAAAGCACAGGCCACAGGCUGCAUCACUACUCGACGUUAAUGAAAUCAGAUAGUCAACCCGCCUAACUAUACAGCCGGAGCAACACGUGCCGACCGGCCUCGACCCUCUCGCUCCAGUUCCUAGGGCGGCCCGUCCAGAGCAGCCCCUGCUGCCUCCCGGAGACCCCGUAACCUCCCACCAAGCCUCCCCCGGGGCGGCCCCGAUAGCCGAGCAGCUGUAUGAGUCUAUCGCGGGAACGAAAUAAGAUGAUGUUACUCCUCGUGUCACCACAACCUGAAUGUGUGUUCAUAUUUUUUGGUUAGUUUUAUCCAAAAUGUUCAAGAUCCCAACAAACUUUAUUUUCUAAACCUG